AUGAUGGCUUUCUUUUGGCAAGGUGCACUGCUGUUGAGCCUGGCAGCUGCCGUGUCGGUAUAUGCAGACAUGAGACUGGACUGCAAGCCUGAUUUUGUGACGCUGGUGUGGACGGAGAGCAGAUCCCAGGCCGACACCUCACUCCUCCGUCUGGGUAACUGUUUCCCCACCAGCCUCUCGGCCAGGGAGGCUGUUUUCAGCGUGGAUCUGGAUGAUUGUAACUUCAGGAGAACGGUUACUGGAGAUCAUCUGAUGUACACCAAUGAUCUAACCUAUAGUUCCUCUCCCGGUUCUCACAUCCCCCCCUUCACUCACCCAGUUGUCUGUGCAUAUGAGAGGCCCAAAGACUGGUACCCUUUGAUUUAUGACCCAGUGUUUAAUACGUACGGUCAAGGAGAUCUAGUGUUCCACAUUGGACUUAUGAAUGGUGACUUCUCAGGCCCUGCUGAAUCAACUAGUUUCCCUCUGGGCUCCUUUAUCCCUAUCAUGGCGAGUGUGGCGCAGAAGACCCAUCAGCCCUUGCUGCUGCUUCUUGAGGAAUGUGUUGCAGCCACCACACCAGAGCUGCAGCCUGAGAGCAGCAUAUACCCGAUAAUCGCCAAUAAGGGAUGUCUUGUGGACAGUAAGAUAUCACGCUCAAAAUUCGAACCAAGGUCAAAAUCAUCUGAGAUCCUGCUGUCCCUUCAAGCCUUUAGGUUUGCUCUUGGAGAAGAGGUGUUUAUCCACUGUAAACUUGUGGCUUGGGAUCCUAUUGGUCUUGACCAUGCCCACAAGGCCUGCCACUACGACCAACAGCAUGGGUGGGAGCUGCUGGAUGACUCUGCUUAUAGCAAUCUGUGUGACUGCUGUGAAUCCAGCUGCAAGUCCAGGAAGAUGAGGAGUGUAGAAUCAGGGAAGCAUGGAAUGGUACAAAAUGCAGUCCUGGGGCCACUUACCAUCACUGAUGUGAAUUCCUGA